AUGGAAUUUUGGCGCACUGAGUCGCUGGUCUCCGCUUCUCUUGUCAGUCGUGCGUGGUUGCACGCUUCUCGUCAUCCUGAAUUAUAUCGCAGACUUUGCCUAUUGCCUAAGUGGUGUCUACCUCGUGGACCUCAGGCUUUUCCAAGGCGUGUUUCCUUGCCUUUUACAACAAAUACUGAGCAUACAUCGGCGAUCACAGUAUCUAGCCAUCUCCACCCUCUCCAGCUUCAAUAUCAACGCCUAUUCUCAGUAGGGGAGAAUAAACAGCUGCCAAAUUCGUCUCCUAUCCGGUACUCGGAAGCUUCGAAGGAACAUAGUUUAGCGUCCGAUUAUGGUAUGAAUGUCUUAUCUGUUCACUUUGUCAAACUCAGCCUCUUCUUCUAG